UCCCUGACGUGUUUCUUCUUCACUGCAGCCUUUACAGCAAAUGUGGGGUUGUCCCCACAAGUUGUACCUGUCAGACUGGUUCGCCUGCGGCAGUCUGGCAACUACUCUGCAUACUUUAACAAAUCUCUUCAAUGCUGGAGAGAGUGCUUAGGCACGGACAGAGACAAACUGUAUGUACUGAAUGGCGGACUGUCGCGAGCUAGAAAAUUGUAAUAACACGUUUGAUCUACACCUGAAGACGAAAAAUAAUUAUACUGAGCCUUCUCAAGCGGGCAAACAUUUGUGGCCCAGACCACUAGCUAGAAAAUGGACUCUGAUGCUGCUGCUUGGCACUUCGCUACUCUACUGUGCGAGGAUGGCCAUGCCCGUCUGUGCUGUCUCUAUGGCGGCAACAUUUCACUGGAGCAAGACAGAGAUGGGCCUGGUUCUCGGAGGCUUCUACUGGGGCUACUGUUUAACACAGAUCCUGGGGGGACACGCCAGUGACAAAGUUGGAGGAGAGAGGAUCUUAUUCUUCUCAACAGCCUCCUGGGCUGUGAUCACAGCCGCUACGCCUCUACUUGGACAUUUUCAACUUCACUCUGUGACUGCCAUGACAUUAGGAAGAUUCCUUAUGGGACUGUUACAGGGUGUCUUCUAUCCCUCUGUGUCCAGCCUUUGCUCUCAGCGUGUUGUGGAAGAAGAAAGACCUUUCUUGAUAAGCCUUGCCGGAAGUGGUUGCUAUCUUGGAACAUUGGUGGUUGGAGGGGCUGGUUCCCUUUUGCUAGACUGGUACGGCUGGGAGAUGGUCUUCUAUGCCACUGGUUUACUGGCUGGACUCUGGGCAGUCAUCGUGUGGCAGUAUCUUUUGAAAGGGCAGCUGCUUCCAAAAAAUCUACUCUCAAGUAAGGUUUCAUACCGGAGCUUCUCCAGAUUCCGUUGGCUGGGCUUUCUGAAGAAGAGACCUGUGUGUGCCAUGGUGUUCGCUCACAUGUGUCACGGCGGCACUUCUUACACGCUGCUCUCCUGGCUGCCCGCAUUCUUCAAAGAUAGCUUCCCAGAUGCUACGGAAUGGGUGUAUAAUCUAAUCCCGUGGCUUGUUGCGCUCCUGUGUUCCUUGUGUGGAGGAUACCUUACAGAAUUCCUCAGCAACAGAGGAUAUUGUCGGACAUCUGUAAGGAAAAUAAACCAGUCCCUAGCCAUGGGCCUGUCGAGUGUGUUCAUCCUCCUCCUGUGUAGUCCUAUAUCCUUCCCCUCCACCUUGCUGUCCAUCUCUGCCGUCCUGGGCCUCAGCACCUUCAGCAGCAGCGGCGUGUCCGUCAACGUGCAGGACCUCGCCCCAUCGUACGCCGGCGCUCUCUAUGGUUUCAUGAAUAUGUGCAGUGCCUUCAUGGGUGUAGUGCUGGUUUCCUUCUCUGGCUACCUGAUCGAGAUGAGGUCCUACGCGUUGGUCUUCAGCCUCUUGACCCUUUUAAAUAUCACAGGCCUCGGAUGUUUCCUCCUGCUGGGAGACACCAAACGGGUGGACCUGGAGGACAACCUCAGACUCACUGUCAUCUGAUCCUCUCGUUUGAUUGGGUAUCCUAUUUUUAUAUUGGUGAAUACUUUUUUCUAUAGUGAGAUGAACCGCACAAAUCUCAAUAUUUAUAAAUGUCUAAUAUAAUACAUGUGUAAAUGGUGCUAUUCAUGUUUUUUCUAUGCAAGAACAACCUCAAAGUAAUUGCAAUGGAUAGGGAUUCAUAGGGAUUGUCAUCAGGGAAUAUAACAAUUAAGUAUUUUUUAUAUUCCAUCACCAUAAAAUGGAACAGAAUACAAUAGAAACUAAAUGUUAUCUCUAUUUCAUUCUACUGUGUCAAAUGUCUACUCGGACACAAGACAUGCACAAAAUGCACUGACCAGUUUGAGUUUUAUCAGACUAAGGCUUGCUUACAGGGAUAUUUUUUAUGCAUGUUGAUCAUACCAAUGCACUUGCAACCAACAAUCUCUUCCGACGGGAGGGCCUAUUGUGUGCUUCACUCUUCCUAUGAAAUAGAAGGUGAUUCGGUCACUAGCCUCCACCAAUUACGUAAAUUGUACGUCUGUAAUUACCGGGAAGAUUGAUGCUGAAUAUUCUAAGGUUUAACUGUCAUCUGCCUGCUGGUCUUCACAGAUGAAAGUUUCACUAGCAGAUGUAUGAUCUGAAGAGAAACAACUAAGUGCGCAGCAUCAGCUGGCGUAAUUGUGUUGCAUAGGAAUUCUCCUUUGAGACAAUGUUUUCAAGUCAAUCAGAUGUAGCAUUCAUGUUGUUGAUUGCAGACUGGAUAGUAUAUUUUGUUGGAUUGUGUAUGUAAAAAUAAAAAAAGACUUCACUACUGACCAAUGUGUGAUGAAGUCAAAACGAAAGAAUGGUCUAGUAAAAUAAACUAUAGAUAAAAUGUUAUAUAAUAUGGAAAUAUAUAUUCUAUGAAAAUAAUAUACAUUUAUAUUGAUAAUAACUAUACUGAUAGUCUGGUUGCCAAGGGGGUUAACCUCACAGUUGGGUAUAAACAAAGCUUUAUUGCAUUUUCUUGUUGUUUUAUAUUUACUCAUUCAGAAUCAAGACGAUGCAACUUUCACAAAUAUUGCUAAAAAACAACAGAACAUUAUAAAACUAAAAAUAAUAGUUAAUUCAUAUCUAUGACACAACUUAGUUAUUUAUAAUACAUUUAUUGGAAAGAUAUUUGACCUUGAGGUUUUGAAGGUCAAAGUGGAUUACAAAUGGCCAUGAUAUAUUAUUCAAUAUUUUCUAAUUGACACUCAAAGUGAAGACAACAAAGUCAUAAGAACUUGCUAUUUUUAACCAUUGAACCAUUACAAACAAAUCGUUUCAUCACUUUCUCAGUAAUAAACAAAGAAAAUAAAAAUGACAGUAAAAUUGUAGAGUACAUCUACAUUUCAUCGUCACUCUCAUCCAAAUCUGAACAUGAAUAAAGCUGACUGGCUGAUUUAGUGUGAGGAUUUUGACAGACAUCAUUUCCCUCACAUUUACAAUAUGAUGUACAAGACAAGCCAACCCCCACAGCAGCUACAAUUUUGAUUGAUCACCAAGUAAGUGCAAGCCUAGAUCAUGUAUUUUUUAACUAAGACAUUUCCCGCACCUGAAGGGGUAAGAUAUUGUGUCACCACCAGUGACGGUAUGCAUUCUGAGUAAAUCUUUACCAUUGAUUCUCUGCUGAAGCAUUUACGUCAAUAUAUUGCCCAUCACUCUUCAUCUCAAUGCCACUCUUACUGGCUUCCACUUCCAGUAAAAAUAUCAGAACAGAAGAAAAACAUCUGUGUCGUCAUAUCGAACCACUACUAAAGUUUGGACAUGACAAGCGUUUGCAUUUCCUCUCUCUUUCGUUGGACUUGAUGGAAUCAAUGUAUUUAUCAAAUAUGAUAAAGUCUUCAUUGGGUUUUACUGCAGCGGCUUCUCUGCUGUUAAAAUUCUCAAAUUUUCUGCAAGAGAUUUUACAGUCCCAUGUUUUGGCCCCUCAAUGCGAUGUAGCAACGUGUUCCCAUCUACUGCUUCGAAAU